AUGGAGGCGACUAAAGUUCAAUGCCCCACUUAUAUUACUCGCCGCCUUACGAUCGUCGACAAGUCCUACGGCCUCAAUUUUCUCGUGGACACUGGAGUGGAUAUCAGCAUUAUCCCUGUAAGUGCCGUUUCCUGCAAACCCAUCCCCUCUUCUUUUACACUUACCGCCGCGAAUGGUUCUCUCAUUAAAAUUUACGGACAGCGCACUCUACGACUAAAUUUAGGGCUACGCCACGACUUCCCAUGGGUCUUCGUAAUUGCUGACGUCCAGGAUUCCAUUAUCGGUGCGGAUUUCCUCACUCAUUUCAACCUUUUGGUAGAUCUGAGACAACAACGUCUUAUUAACGCAAAUACUCAACUGUCUACGAAAGGACAUUCUAUCGUUCUGUCCUCCAUCUAUCCAAUCACAGAUUUUAAAAGCGGCGAUUCAACUUCUCACGUACUGCUACAUCAGUUUCCAGACUUGACUAAACCAAAUUUCCAUGACCCCAAACCAAAACAUUCCGUUGUUCAUCACAUUCAUACACGUGGUCCUCCGGUUUUUACCCGUCCACGUCGUUUGGCUCCAGAGAGAUUACAGUUAGCCGAAGACAAAUUUCAACACACGCCUCAGCUAGGCAUCAUCUGA